ACCAGCUGGUAUCUUCUUUCCUCAGGACCAGCUGUCCAGGAGCACCCGGCCUGGAGCCAGGCACAGCUGAGACUUGGAUCUCGCCGAAAAGGCCACAGAUUCCUGUGCAGCAAUGUCGCUGGUAGAAGAAAGCCGACCGUUUGCUCAACAGUUGUCCAAUGUCUACUUUACGAUACUUUCGCUCUUCUGCUUCAAGCUUUUUGUGAAAAUCAGCCUUGCCAUCCUGAGCCAUUUCUACAUUGUGAAGGGCAACCGCAAGGAGGCGGCAAGGAUCGCGGCCGAAUUCUAUGGGGUGAGCCAGGGCCAAGGUUCCUGGGCAGAUCGCUCGCCACUACAUGAAGCCGCAAGUCAAGGUCGUCUUCUUGCUCUGAGAACAUUAUUAUCACAGGGUUAUAAUGUGAAUGCAGUAACCAUAGACCAUGUCACCCCACUGCACGAAGCCUGCCUUGGAGAUCACGUGGCGUGUGCCAGGACACUUCUGCAAGCUGGAGCUAACGUGAACGCAGUCACGAUCGACGGCGUGACUCCUUUAUUUAAUGCCUGCUCACAAGGCAGCACCAGCUGCACAGAACUUCUUUUGGAAUAUGGCGCCAAGCCCCAGCUGGAGUCCUGCCUCCCUUCUCCCACUCAUGAGGCCGCCAGUAAAGGUCACCAUGAAUGCCUAGAAAUACUGAUAUCCUGGGGCAUCGUUGUUGACCAAGACAUUCCUCAUUUGGGAACUCCUCUGUAUGUGGCUUGUAUGUCACAGGAAUUCCAUUGCAUCCAGAAGCUUCUUUAUGCCGGUGCUGAUGUACAAAAAGGCAGAUAUUGGGAUACGCCACUGCAUGCUGCUGCUCAACAAUACAGUACGGAAAUUAUAAGCUUACUGCUAGAAUUUGGAGCAGAUAUCAAUGCCAAAAAUAUGGAGCUUCUACGACCCAUAGAUGUGGCUACUUCCAGCAGUUUGGUGGAAAGACUACUGCUUCAGCAAGAAGCCACUCCGAGCUCCCUUUGCCAACUCUGCCGACUCCGUAUCAGAAACGACAUAGGAAGACCAAGACUGCAUCUUAUCCCACAGCUCCAGAUACCGACACUAUUGCGCGAUUUCUUACAGUACCGAUAAAGCGGUGAAGUAAUUCUAAAUACUUUGAAAGUCAAAAAUUGCUACUUCAUCUGCAGAAUGUAUAUUUCAUACGAAAAUAUGCUCAAGAUAGGAUAAAAGUGAACAUGAGAACAUCCAGGGAAAUAGUGAAGUAUGAAUUUUAAUUUUAAGUGUACCAUUGAGUACUAUUAUUUUAUGCAUUUUUACUGUUUUGAAACUGUAGUAUAUUUUAAAUAUCCAUGCUGUUAGCUAUUCCUGUACACUCCCAGCUACUCCCACUGUUGAUUUAGAAAAAAAAUUGAGAAAUUCCCCAUUUUGUUUUUUUAGAGAAAGAAUUCUUACUAAAAUUAUUCAUGUAGUGUACUUUAAAAGGCCUACAGUCUUCAAAUAAUGCAUUAAUUUUAAUUUUGACCACUGUAAUUCAUUACUCCUGUAUUUUUUAUAUUAAUACAAAACAUGAGUAUGGUUUUGAAAAGAGCAACAAAUAUCCUUUUUGAAAUAAAGAUGACUCCUCUUCAGGAAAUCCACCCUGUUGAAUGUUCACUUGUCAUUAUAGUGUUCAAUUCACAAAUAAAAGAUAAACCAGCUGCCUGCCUCCCUGCAAAAAUCCCACUAGUCACUUCACCACCUUUAAUGGACCUACUCCAGAAACCGGAAGGACUCCCAGUUACCACUCGAGGGAUCACGGCUGGAGCCUCACCCGCCUGCUCCCUCUCCAGGGUAGUGUCUGCGCUGUGUCCACGGCACUGCAGCCUCUGUGAGCCCAGAGACGCUUGCACUGAAGCAAGCUUCGCAUCUAAGUGAUGAAGAGGCUUGUGGGUCACAGUCCAGGGAUCUGGGCAGUCGAAGGCCGGAGAAAAUGGAAGAUAAAACUCCUUAAAUUGUGGGGUUUCAAAGAAAAGGAAAAGGAGGUACCACGUAGUGAAAACAGAGGUCUUAAAAAAUAUACCCUAUAUGUAGACCUGAACUGUGGUGUUUCCAAUUCUUCUCACACAAAGUACGGGUUCAGAGUAGACCAUAUUAGCAAGGGUGCACUGUACAAAUGAAAAUAUUACUAAAGUUGUGCCCUUGGCAAAGGUUAAAACUGUUUAUUCUCUUCUGCCUCAACUGUAUUUAAGUGUAAUAUAAAACACAAUAAAUUUUGUGCCUCCUCUGUAAUUUAGAUUAGAUUUGAGUCUAUUAGGGAUUUAGAAAUAAAAUAGUCAAGAUAUUUACAACUCUGUGUAAAGAAGAAAAUAUUUUGAUGAGUUUUAUAAAUGUAUCAAAUUUUGAUAAAGUAUUUUGACCAAUAUAUUAAUAACCCAGGGCCUAUUUUCCUUUCUUCUUAGUUGAGUGACUUCCAGAGACCUAUGGGAAAUAAACUAUCAUUGUAUAUAACUCCAAAACCACAAAGAUUGCAUUAAAAAAAACAUUUGUGUAGAUUUUCAAAAAUAGAAAUAAGGGUGCAGCAUGUUAAAAAAUGUGGCUAGAGACUUCUACAUGAGUCUGUUUUACUGAAUAUCUCAAUUUAACAAAUUUGUAAUGUCCUCAUGAAUAAUGUGCAUUUGAGUGUUUUUUUAAUUAUAGAAUAACUUCACUGAAUAUAAUUAGGUAUUAAACUAUUAUUUAGUAAAACAUGUUUUUACUAGUUUUUUCCCUGAGCUAGAGGGAGUCUUAGAGUAUAGAGCAAUGCAGUGCAGCCUCUUCGCUGAUCUUGUGCCCAGAGAAGUAAACAUCAAAUAUUAAAGUUAAAAUUGGCACUUUAAAAUUUUGUACGCUGGUAACUUUUAUCAUAGCUUGAGCAUGAUUCUUAACGCAGAAGUGUUCUAAUUUAAAUAUAUCGUAUGUUUGUUAAUAUAUUAAAGUGUGAUUAUUAUCCCUGAAAUAAAACAUUUUUUUUCUGUUCAAA